CUGAUCCCAACCUCCCAUCAUCUGAUGCUCAUUCAUCCUCCUCCAGCAAGACUUCAAUGACAACGACGCGAUAACGGGCAACCAUUGUUGUUUCAUCGCUCUCCUCCAUUAAUUCAUCUUCUGUUCACCUCUGGAUGUGUAAAUGGUGGUGUUUUUUCAACGGUUACCGCCACAUUUAGACUUAAUGUUUCCGUUUCUGACGUGCAAUUCGUAAUGUUCGCUUGUAUGGAAUAAAAUAGCGCACACCGAAACUGAGGAAAUAAAGAUUGACACUGAAAACGAUACAUUUAAAUCUGGAGAUAUCGACGGAUAUCUACAAAAGGAUUGUUACAGCACUGGACUGGCUCUCAGUGCACGUUCUCCUUCUCUGCCCGACCCCAGUGCCUCUUCAAGCUGCUAUGCCCCUCGCCCUAUCCUCUCAGCACAUCCAGAGGAAGGACUGCCCGUCCCUGUAGGAAUGCCUGUUCGGGCCUGGCACCUGCCUCUGUCAGCGGCUGCUCCCAUACCUUUCACCAUUCCACCCCCCACCGGCUCUCACCAGCAGGCUGCUCCAUCAUGAACGAUGAGGUCAUCAGCACUAAUGCACUGGCCUGGCUGGUCUGCUCGGGAGUGUCCAUCCUGGCCAAUGCCUGGGGAAUCCUGAGUGUGAGCGCUAAGCAGAAGAAGUGGAAGCCACUGGAAUUCCUCAUCUGCACACUGGCUGGCACGCACAUUCUCAACAUGGGCAUCCCCAUCACCAUGUACUGUGUCAUUCAGCUACGCCGACAACACUCCAACUAUGAGUGGAACGAAGGACUCUGCAAGGUCUUUGUCUCCACCUUCUACACCCUUACCCUGGUCACCUGUUUCUCAGUCACCUCCCUGUCCUACCACCGCAUGUGGAUGGUUCGCUGGCCUGUCAAUUAUAGGUUGAGUAACACCAAAAAGCAGGCUGUACAUACCGUCAUGGGCAUCUGGAUGGUGUCAUUCAUUCUGUCCACCUUGCCCGCUGUUGGCUGGCAUGAUACCACAGAACGCUUUUACACCCACGACAACUGUCGCUUCAUUGUGACUGAGAUUGGCUUGGGCUUUGGCGUCUGCUUCCUGUUGCUGAUCAGCGGGAGUGUGGUGAUGGGCGUCAUCUGUAUUGGAAUUGCCCUCUUCCAGACCUUUUCCAUCCAUAUGGGCCAACAUGUGGACAAGAACAAAUUUAACGUUCCCACCAUUGUAGUGGAGGAUGCUCAGGGCAAAAGGCGUUCAUCCAUUGAUGGCUCAGAGCCCAUUAAGACAUCGCUGCAGAUCACCUAUCUGAUCAGUGGAAUAGUCUUCAUAUACGAUUUUCUAACUGGAUUCCCCAUAUUGGUGGUGAGCUUUGCCAGCCUGAAAUUUGACCGCUCUUACAACUGGAUGGUCUUAUGUGUACUAUGGUGCUCCAUAGCACAAUCAAUUCUCCUUCCCAUGUUCCUGUGGGCUUGUGACCGCUACAGGGCAGACGUCAAGAUGGUCUGGGAGAAAUGUGUUGCCAUCAUGUCCAACGAUGAAGUGGAUGAAGAAAACAGCCAGGAUGGAGGCAUUCAUCCGGACUUAAUAUUUGACAGACCAUUUGACUAUAGCUCCGCUGGUGAUAUCAUGACGGUAGACCGUAUUGCCAAAUACGAAUUCUCAACCUUAGAAAGGGGGGGCUCCCAGGGUUAUCCAUUGAGGGAGCUUCAGGAAGAUAAAAUGCACUAUUUGCAGGUGCCCCCUACAAGAAGAUACUCCCACGACGAAACCGACAUGUGGACCACCGGUCAGAUCCCGUCUUACCUGCAUCGCUGGGGCUCCACAGAGGACAUCAUUGGCAUCCCGCAGUACAGCUUGCCACGCCACGAGAGACGUCGGAGCAGCCCGGCAUCCUACCACGAGGAGAGCCACCCUCACCGCAAAAGGAGGCGAUCAGAGGACAUGCAUUCACUCAAGCAGAUUCCACGAGUCGAGCGUUAUGAGGACGAUUUCAAGUGCUUUAGCCGCGAUGAAGUGAUUAAUUUCAUCGACGAGACACCACUAGCUAGUCCAAUGAGGAGCCCUCACCAAGCCUCUGUGAUCUCUCUGGUCCCGCAGACGUUCGAGCAGCACAUUGUCUUGUUGCCGCAUUUUCCGCUCACGCACUUUGAGCGCGAGCCUCAAGCGUUGAGACGCUGCUCUGGCCAUGGCAAAGGAGCCACAUUAACUGAGAUCCCUCAUGAUACACCGAGAAAGGCAAAGAACGGUAGCGACGGCAGGGGUGCAGCCGGCGAAGCCUCGAGCAUUAAGGGAUGCCUUGAGCAUAGGCGUGAUGCCAAGCAUGCAUCAGAGCUGGUUCUGUUGGCCCAGGGUGGACGGACAGGGGAUCAGUCUUCUUCAAGUAUUAGGACAGGACAGGUAGAUGCAUCUGCUUGGGUGGAACAGAAACACCUUUCUAAAGGUGAAAGCAAAGAAAGCUCAAAUAGUUUUAUAAGUUCACAAUCUGCAUCGUCAGGCUAUAUCACUUUUCACUCCGAAUCUAUAGGAUCCACAAACUAAGGAACAGUUUUAUGAGUAUCAUAAAAAAUAGUCCCUGAUCUGUUAGUAUUAAAGCUUUUACUAAGUGGAAUGUUUUUGUAAUCUAGGAAGUAGGCUUUUUGAGAUGUGAUUGAUUCAAAAUGGCAUAGGGACAGCAUUGGGUUUUCUUUUUUUAACUGAUACAGGGCUGGGUUAUGGGCUU